CUCCUCGUCGUUCCAGCACAGUCGAUCCAAAUUUGCUUAUUGUUAGCUUUCCUACGUCAACACGACUUUUUCUCACGGACUGACGCUCAGCCUUGUACUUGGGGGUUACCAACAACAUUUGAGCGUCUUUUUUCCUCCUUGGACGCGCCCAAAAGGCCUGCGCUCCCUCGCCGCUACGCCCACAACUCCCGUCGAUUCGACAUUUCAUUCCACCCUCUGUUCGUCAUGGCGUCGCAACAAAUUCUUUUUGCCGAAACCAUAGCGGGUAUGAAGAAGGCAUUCAAAAGGAAAUCAUAUGAAUCCGACUCAGAUUCCGAGAUCGAAAGCUAUAGCAAUCGCGGCAAUAAGCUCAAAAAGCAGGCACGGUUUGCCCGCCAAGGGCAAUUGGUCCCAAAUAACGGUCCAAGUUCGUAUAAAGAGUAUGUCGAAUACGGUGGUGUCCGACGCCCGAUCCUAUAUCGCAAUCCUCCAUUAGUCGACGAGGAAGGAUACGAGAUAGAUAGCGACGACGAAGAUGAGGAGCGCGUUCAAGAGGCAGAGGCCUCGGCGGCGGAAAUGAACCCUUACGCCAACAUACAAAUAGAGAAUAUCCUUGCUCCACUUACUGCAUCAACCGCGUUACCGACACACCCGACCCUAUCGAAGCCCUUCACGUCCAAAACCCUGACCCGACUUGUUGACCAAAGUUGCGACAUAAUGCGCAAGGAGAAUCGGUCGCUGUGGAGAGUCAGACAUCUCCUGACAGCGCUCUGCGGCGACUACACAUGGGUCCCUUGCGAAAUGAUGGUCCGGCCGGCAGACGUUGAGCUCUAUACAGACAACCACACGGCGCAACAUUUGUUGGCGCUAUCUCAGGCGGUAUCGGCGCUUCCCAGAAUCACCAACGGCGAUAUGCAACAAGGCAGCGGUGUCGAACAAGCAAAUGCUGUACCAGACACAACAUUUGAUGGUGAACCCACGGACAAGGACCCAGCAGAGGAUGCCGAUGUAACCAUGACGGACGCUGGAACUGCCGACCCAGAUGAUUCUCUCAUUGAGGAUGCCGACAAGAAUACAAAGGUUGAGGGCGAGAAGGAUGGCGCUGGAGCGGCAUCAAAUAUGCACAAUGGCAAGCAAAUACCAGCUGCACAGACCGAUAAAAGAGAUUCCAUAGGUGAAGCGACAAACGGGGUCAAGGAGCAUACAAACGAACAAGCGACGAACGAGAUGGAGGCGACCAGAGCUGAGGCCACUGCGAAACCUUCAGGCAGCGAUGCACAUCAACAAAUGGAAUCGGCUGAGACAAUACGUGCAGAUGUAUCCAUGAUCUCCGACGCGGACGAUGACUUCAUACAUCCCAUGUUUCUUGCACCUUCAGGAGCAAGACCAGAUCGAGAUAUCGGCUUGCCGGACCAAGAAGCGGAGGAUAUUCGACGAUUGCUUGCUCUCUACGUGCAGAAACAAGAAGAGGUGUGUAGAGGGGCAAAGAGGCUGUUUCUAGGACUCCUCAAAGCCGAGCAGAUGCGGAAGAAUGUACUCCACUGGUCCAAGGCAGAAGCUCAUUCAGGGCUUAACCGAGACAUGUCGGACGGGGAAGAUUGGUACGACAAGGAGGAAUGGGGUCUCACAGAAGACCUCAAAAAGGGGCAGGAUGAAGAGGAAGAAGAUGUGCAGACAACUGGUAAAAAGACGAGAAACCGACGUCAAUAGCUGUUGGUUUCUGUGUUCUUUUUUUUUUUUUUUUUUUUUGAUGGAUGAUGAUGACUGACUUGACUUGUUGGGGUUUUUGCUUUGGGCGUUUUAAGGCUGGCGUUUGGAAUAAACCGCGAGAUAGGCCUUGAUGCCAACCACAGUAAGCGUAUUGUUACAAGCAUCGAUAGAUAUGAAUAUUGAAGCAUAUAGUCUAGUCAGUUCAGUAGUUAGUGGUCAUACCCAUGAGAUGAGAUUCGACAUCUGCCUGUGGUGGUCCUGGUCCCUCAUGAGGCUUUCUCUCGGUAUAGGUUGAAUUCGGCAGAUUGGGUUGCUUGCUUGCCUCGAU